AUGGGGACAGCUGUCACCCUACCUUGGGAGUGCAGGUCUCCCUGCUGACGUGUGUGCGCUGGGGGGCGGGGGUUGGAAGAGCGUCUCUCCCUAGGUAGGCGAAGAGGGCAAGGGUGGAAGGGCUCAGCGGCCGAGUCUUUCCCUGCGCUGCCGUUUGCUCCUGGAGCUGGCGGCGAGGGAGUCCUCGGCCAUGGUGCGCAUGGGCAGGGAGGGCUGCCGAGAGGUGGCGCCGCAGAGCUUGUUUGGCCGACUCUGGGCUGCUGCCUGCGCAAUGCGUCCGCCCGGUCGCCUGUGAGCCCGCCUGGCGGCUCGCAGGAUCUUACCCAGCCCGCCGCAGACGCUAAUGGCGGAGUCGGGCCCUGAGGAGCCAGACGAGCGGCUGUUGCUGCUGUCGGAGGCGACGCUGCAGGACAGCCCCCCCCCGCGGGGGCUCCACGGCGUGAAGGCAGCUCCCGGCGGGGCCGUGAGGCUCGGCGGGGCCUCUGGGCUGGAGGAGGAGGAGGAGGACGGGGACAUAGACACGGACCCCGAGGGUGAUGGUGAGGAAGAGCCGCUGCUAGGAGCAUCUGCCACCCGCCGGAGCCGGAGCCGGGGCGUCGGUGCCUCCUGGGACAGGGAGACUCGCAUUGCUGCAGGAAACGCGGGAAGUACUGCAGAGAUGAACUUAUUUUUGGAUGAUCCAGAAUUCGCAGAAAUUGUGCUGAGAACAGAACAAGCUAUCGAGUGUGGAGUCUUUCCAGAACGAAUUUCCCAAGGAUCUAGUGGGAGCUAUUUUGUCAAGGAUCCAAAGGGGAAAACUAUUGGAGUGUUCAAACCAAAAUCUGAAGAGCCUUAUGGUCAUCUGAAUCCAAAAUGGACCAAAUACUUUCACAAGAUCUGUUGUCCUUGCUGCUUUGGCAGAGGGUGCCUUGUUCCUAAUCAGGGAUACCUUUCUGAAACUGGUGCUUAUCUUGUGGACACCAAACUAGGAUUAGGAGUGGUACCUAAAACUAAGGUUGUCUGGCUUGUCAGUGAAACCUUUAACUACAGUGCAAUAGAUCGUGCAAAAUCAAGAGGGAAAAAAUAUGCUUUAGAAAAAGUGCCAAAAGUUGGUAAAAAAUUUCAUCGAAUUGGACUGCCUCCUAAAGUUGGCUCCUUCCAGCUGUUCGUUGAAGGAUAUAAGGAAGCUGAGUACUGGCUCAGGAAAUUUGAAACUGAUUCUUUACCUGAGAAUACUAGGAAAGAAUUUCAGUCACAGUUUGAGAGAUUGGUUGUUUUAGAUUAUGUCAUCAGAAACACAGACAGGGGCAAUGAUAACUGGUUAGUCAGGUAUGAAAAGCAAGCUGAUGAUAUUGAUCUUUCAGAUAAGGAUAUCCAAUGGACUACUAGUAAAGAACCUGUUAUUAAAAUUGCUGCAAUUGAUAAUGGUUUAGCUUUUCCCUUUAAACAUCCUGACGAGUGGAGAGCAUAUCCAUUUCAUUGGGCUUGGCUUUCUCAAGCAAAAGUUCCUUUUUCCCAAGAGACCAGAGAUUUGAUUCUCCCUCGUAUUUCUGACAUGAACUUUGUACAGGAUCUUUGUGAAGAUCUUUAUGAACUGUUCAAGACUGAUAAAGGAUUUGACAAGGCUACUUUUGAAAACCAAAUGUCAGUGAUGAGGGGACAGAUACUAAACCUCACUCAGGCAUUAAAAGAUGGAAGAAGUCCAAUUCAGCUAGUUCAGAUGCCACGCGUGGUUGUGGAGCGAAGUAGUACUGGAAGUCAGGGCCGAAUUGUUCAUCUAAGUAAUGCAUUCACACAGACCUUUCAUAGUAGGAAGCCUUUCUUUUCCUCCUGGUAGCAACAUAAGAGGAAAGUAAAUGUCUGUAAUUUAGUAAGGCUCUGCAAUAAUGUAAUUCUGCUGUAUACCGAGGGCUCUGACUGCCAAAACCUCAAAACUUAACUUGAAAAUGUAAAGAUUUAAGCAUUGUAUUUUGAAUGUAAUCAAAGUUUACAAUUUUUGUGUCAAAAUUGUGAAUCCUUAUGUCAGGGAAUGAGAGGAAUUUGUCUAUACUGUAUUUUUAUAGGCUGAAUUCAUACUAAAGGGAAAACUUAGUUUACAUAUGCUGAGACUACUUUUGAAUACAACAUAGAAAAAAUGCUUAUUGUUGGAUAUAAAUGUGAGCACAUAAAAUUAUAAACUGAUCCUUUUUAUAUAUGCUUUAGAAAUGAAGCACAGCAUGUUCUCUUUCUUUGAUUGUAAAAUGCUAUUCAGUGUUACUGCUUACAGAUGUCAUAAGUUAUUCCAUGAGUUUUCCUAGCCUAGUGAGUUGGAAAAUAUUAAAAUAAAAUGGUCAUGCAUUUAAAAAAGUGCAUUAGUUGCAAUUUUUGAAACUUGAAAAAUACUCCAAAGGUUUUUGAGUUGGGGACCAAAAGAGCACAUCUUAGUUUAAUCAGAAUUAGGGCAAAUUUUUGCCCUCAUAUAUGUACGCAACUUCAUUUGGCCUCAGUCAGAGUUAUGUACAUGUAUUGUGGGGUGAAAUUUGGUCUUUAGCCUUUUAAGGAUCACUUGUAUAUUUAAAUAACUUAUGGAAAAUUGUCUGUACUAUAUUUACUCCAUAGGUAGCAUUCUAUAGUUCCAUCAUGACAACAAAAUACUGCAUAGUUUUGUUUAGAAUUGAUGGGUUGAUUGUUAACGCUAUGUAUGACAAUUCAAUGGAGUAUAUUAAGUGACACCAAAGUAGUUCCCUGCCAUUGUUGAUUGAUGAAAACACUGGAAUGUUGGUUGUUGAGCCAUCCCACUUGCAACAUUUCAGUUUAAACACUCUCCAUUAUUUAAUGUGGACCAGCAAAAGCAGAAAAUAGAUUGCAAUGUGUAGAGUAAGCAACACUGUCAUUGGACUCCUUGCAACGCCAUGUUUGCCUGCCACUUAUUUGUUUUUAUGUUGAAGCUACACAGUUUAAAAUAUAGAUUCAUCUUCCACAUCUGUGGUUUGUGAUAUGGUAAAUUAUUUUUACUUCAGUGAUGUCUUCGUAGGUUUGGACCUGGGGUGGGGGAAAAACCUUUGUAACAAAUAUUGUUGCUUUUAGGAAACCUACAGUUUAAGUAUUUCAGACAUUGCUGUAUUUUAUAAUUCCAAGCAAUACUAUUAAUCCCAAGAACAAAAUCCUUGUAUACUGUUUUAUAUAAUUUUGGGUUGAUGUAUAUAUUGUAGCAUGUCAGGAAUUCCCUUGAUUUACUAAAAUGUCUAAGCCUUAAAUGUAGAAUUUACUGGACUGUGGUGUUUAAAAUAAGACUGAGGCAGCCACCUUUAUAAAGUUCUAUGGCUUCAGUUUUUAGCUGAACAAUUUCUUAAAUUUAAAGUGUAUAUUUAAGGUAUUGGGGCAUGCCUACUUGCAACAAUAAAUGUCAGUCUGAAAUGGA